CUACGACACGCGCUUCGACGAGAGUCGUAGCGCAAGCAAGAUGCUCGCAUAAACAUUGCAAAUUCUGCCAUACCGAUGUGAUGCCACUCAGGUGACACCGGCCCUUGGAAAUGACUCAUGCGACUAGAAAUCAUGAGCUAUGCCAGAGUCUGGUCCGGGGCAUUACAGGACUGGAGAAAUCACAUCCGAACUUCAAACAGAUAUCAGAGCAGGCAACAAAAGCGCUGCGCACCACGAACCACUCGAGGACAAACCCUUUCGCGGUCAACUCCACGCUCGACGGAUUGGUCGAGAAAUUCGGCGUGCUCAACAAGGAUGGCUUGGCAGACGCUCUCCAGACUCGACUCACCGAGUUGCCAACGGAAUCGAAAUGGCUGCCCGAGAUGCUGUCUCUGCUGCUCCUACUCUCCGACAGGCCUGCCGAGAAGACAAAUCUGGAGGACCUGAACAACCUCAUCGUGCCCAUUGAGGUCCAGCAAGAACUUACUUGGCAAGAAUUCCUCGGCGAUGAUGCGCUGGAGGAGCCGGAGAUCUGGGAUGAUAUCGAGCGUGGUUAUCAUUCUAGUGGAGACGAAGGGUCUGAAGACGAACGAGAUGAUACCGUCUCAACUGCCGCUACGAGCGAGCCUACGGAGGAUCUAGGUGCUCUGGCCAGACUCCACCUGACACCGGUCGACCAAACCGCGCUUCGUAACGUGGACGAAACAUAUGCUGAACUCAACGCCAUCAGCCGCGACAAAUCCGUCCCAGAGCUUGCGAUCAUACGUGAGGUCCUAUCGAUGCUUCAUGGGUUACCAACCUGGAUAUUCGGGACAGCAGAUCCAGACGGAACAGUAUCUGUGGAUUCAAAGCUCUCCCUCACUCAAACGUCUGACCCAACCUUGAAAGACUUACUCGACGUCUUCAGAACCAUCGGCUCCAAACUGAACUAUCUGCGUAACUGGUCGCAGGCGGAGCAAUCGCAGCACUUCGUGCAGACCUGCCAAGUCGCGGCAAUGGAGCUAGUUGCGACAUUUGAAGAGUCCUUGACCACGCUAGAAAAGAUCUACGUCUCAGCAAACGCAGCGACUAUUGUCAGUCUCCUCGAUGUCCGAAGAGAAGUGGAAAGGCUGGCACGGUCCGCUAUGCGCCUGUCGGAUAUCAUACGAGCAUCGACGCUCCCGACGAAUUCGUCUCCAUUCGCACUUCUUGAUCUACUACUGGAAGAAGCGAAUGUUGCUCAGAUGGCUGGAGACACGGUGCUGUUCCAGUCCCUUAGCGACGUUCUUCUUCCUUCCCUGACAACCUAUCUGAAGCCAUUAUCGACCUGGAUUCGCACGGGCGUGCUGUUGGAUCCCGACCGAAGGAGCUUUAUGGGAGAAAGCGAAGCGGCCGAGGGAAUUGAAACGGCCUGGUACUCACGGUACACCAUGCGUACAUUUCCCGACGGCACUCCGUACGCCCCGGCUUUCAUGCAGGAACUAUCUGGCAGGGUGUUUGCAACAGGGCGGAGUCAAGCGCUGCUCUCCGCAUCGAACGGCGGAUAUGAUGGCACCGCCACCCAAACAUACGUGAAGCCUAAGUGGCGAUUCAAGGACGAGCAACUGCAUCAAAACUACACCAUCCCAUUCAUACAGGGCUUGACCGCAUCCUUGGAAGAGUGGAUUGACGGAAACGGUGGGGACUGCAUGCCCACACUCUGCAAAAGCCUGUUGUUCAACCACGGCGUCCUACAAACACUCGAUUCACUGAACAGAGUAUUCUGCUCCGCGGACGGUGCGGCGUUCCAGGCCUUCGCGGAGGCCCUCUUCUGGCGGAUAGAUCAAGGCCUGCGCUGGCGCGAUGGCUUUCUAAUCACGGAGCUGGUGCAAAGCACGCUUGGGCUGCACGAGGUAGACCUGGUGGCGACGCUCGACGACGACAGCAGGGAGACCACCGUGCCCACCUCUUCAAUCACGAGCCUAAGUUGCAUCAACCUGGACAUUUCUUUUCCCUGGCCGAUGCAAAGCAUCACGCAAUCGACAUCACCGGCCACCUGGUCCAAAACACUGGCUCUACUCCUACAAGUAUACCGUGCGAAGUGCCUGCUCCGCGGCCAACUACUUGAUCUCCGAGCGCGUCCCUCCCACGCGACACCAGGACUCACCUCGAUCCUCUACGCUCUGCAAUUGAGGUAUCUCCUGAUGUCAACAGUCGAUAUCCUACACGCGCACGUCACGACUACCGCAUCACAACUCUGCGCCAAACUCCGCGCAGCACUCGAGAAUGCCCGAGAAGUGGACGAGAUGGCCGAUCUCUGGCGAGAGCAUCACAAGCAGAUGGAGACGAGUUUGCUUUUAGCGCCGGGCUUGAGACCGAUUCAUGACGCAGUGAUGGACAUUCUGGUGCUGUGUGAGCACUUCACUGUCAUUUGGGACGGGGUUGUGGACGGCAGCCAAGCGAAGGGCACACCGAACGCGCAAGAAAGCACGGUGGUUCUCUCUAACCUUCGGACUUCGGCGCAGAAGUCGCUCUCUUUUGUUUCCGCGGGACUGCGAAGUGUGAGUCGUGCUGGAGGCGACUCGGCGCUGGAAGCGUUGGCCGAGAGGCUGCAAUGGAUCCAAUAAGAGAACAGACACGAAGUCAUGAAUGAAUCCAGCAUGAAGCUAUGUAUGCAAGCCCACCAUCAUCUCAAUUCUCGGUCGUAUCAAUUGCAUCGACUGCAUUCAUGCCACUCCCAACAAUGAGUCCUCCUUUCGAAGCCGCUGUACAGCUGGAGUCGCCGCUGACGUUGGCGGUACCGACGACGAAGACACGGCAUUGAAAGCCCCACAU